AUGAGGAUGCCUCCGCUAACGAGUCAGGCCCCGGUUUUCGCUGCAGGAGUGGACACGAGCGUGAGGAUGCCUCCGCUAACGAGUCAGGCCCCAGUUUUUGCCGCAGGAGCCGACACGAGCGUGAGGAUGCCUCCGCUAACGAGUCAGGCCCCAGCACCCUCUAUGACUUUUCAACCUGAUAUUUUCGCCCACGGAUCGACCCAAAGCGUGAGGCUGCCUCCGCAAGCGGCUCCAGCGGCUUCUUUUUCUGUUGAUUCUGUUCCCCAGACCCGUCAGCCUUUCACGCUGGCUACCGCAGCACCAAUGCCCAUCCCACCCAACGCAUUGGCCUUGGAACCUCCCCCUGUCAUCAAUUCCAUCAGGCAACAGAUCCUCGCAGAAAUUGAGGCAGCCGGCAUCAGAAGCGGAUCUUCACCCAACACUAGUGCCUCCCUAUUCAACUAUAAUAUUCCCUUAAAUCAUCCACUCAAAGACCUUCUUACCGCCUCUCUAGAUACUAUACUCCAAGCAGUCUCAAUGGGAACUCUUCAAACCUAUCUGACAGCUUGGAGAAGCUUCAGAACUUUCCAUCAUUUACACCAGAUCCCUUUAGCCAACUUCUCUCUACUUACCAUAACAUCAUUCAUAUCGUACCUGCAUAAAGUCAAACACCUUCGAAUCAGCACAAUUAAAGGGUAUAUGAGCGGAAUCCAAUUUUUUCACAAACUAAUGUUAGGUUCACCCUCAACUGCUAUCACUAAUCCCCAGACCGCCAUGCUUUUAAAAGGUAUUGAAAAAACCCAACCCAAGAGUCCAGAUCCCAGGUUACCCAUAACCAUAGAAAUCCUUUCAAAAUGUCUAGCCACUCUUCGCAAAGGCUACUCCUCAGUACAUACUUAUGGAAGCAUAUGGCUCUUCUGUUUUAUCGGUAAAAAGAGGCUAAUAUCUCAUGAUGCGGAGCACGUCUAA